AUGGCUUGUAUUGAAAAUGUCCUUGGAGGGCAUGCCCCUUCACCCAGAGGAGUAGUUGCAGAAGAGUGUGGGAUCCGGGAGCCACGCCCUGACGACAUGUCCCUCCAGUGUCCGAGUUCUCUGCCGAAAGAUGAUGCAGAACCUUUGGGCCACCGUCGUGUCCUGCUGAGACCUCCCCUUAAUGUGCUGACCGACCUGGCAAGAGAGCAGCUGGAGCACCCCUUCCACAUCGCCGGAGCCUGCAUUCCUGUCGACAGUUCGAGAUCUCACAAACACCCCUGUGGGUCACCACCUGCUGUUGCGGAAGAGUCCUUAGCAACAGCAGAAGUAAAUAGCUCUGAGGGGCUGGCAGGCUGGAGGCUUAGGGAAGAGGAUUCUAUUAAUGUGUCCCAGGAUUUCUCUGGCAGCACUCCCUCACUGAUGAUAGGGGGCGCAAGAGUCAGCAGUGGGGGCACUGAGAGAGGUGGCAAUAAUGCGAGGUUAUACGUGGCUUUGCCACAAGGUCAGGGGUUCUUUCCAUCUAGGGGUCCACAAGUAAGAGACCCCCUUCAUAUCCCCACCGUUAGAUCAGGGGUGAUAAUGGAGUUGCCUUCAGGAAAUACGAGAAUGACUGGGAAAGAAAGGCUGGCUCAUGUUUCUUUCCCACCAGGAGGCCUGCGGCACCCUGUGGAGAACUGGCCAAGGCCUCUCCCAUUGUCUUCCAGUACUCCAGGUUUACCUUCUCGUCCUACUGCUCAUUGCUUUAUACCUCCACGACCUCCAAGUUUCAGUCCAUUUCUUGCUAUGCCUAUUGCUUUUGCCCCACCCCCAAUAUUUGGUCCUCCACUGCCUUCUUAUUUUGCCAAUUUUCCUUCCUGGGGUAUGCCGGCUCCUGCACCCUCAAACAGAGAGAACAACUGA